AUGAGGCGCGAUCCGUUACUAGCCCUCGCCGAGGACGUCACCAAUGCUCUGGCCUUGUCAACUGCCCCGACGGUGCUCAUGGUCAAUAUAAUUCCUGCACAUGAGUGUUAUGCGUGGUUCCCUGGUGGUGGUCACAAGAAGAUCGGUGCUAAAUGGUCAACAACUCUGGACGAAUUGGUCAACAGGCCGUACGAAUGGGCCAAGGAGCAGAGGAAACAAGGAACCCCCGGGCCUUUAGUAACCUCUCGCCUUCUGGAUGAGACAGCAGAACUAACAGCCGAACGUCAAUACGACAUAAACUGGUCGGCUGCAUCGAUGUCCGGUGACGCGAUAAGGAAGGCUCAAAAGGAGGCAGACGCCGUCAUUGGUCAGGAUCGGCUCCCGACAUUCUCGGACCGCGAAAAUCUGCCAUAUACGAACGCGCUCGUCAUGGAAAUCGCCCGACGGCAUCCCGCAGCUCCAACUGCCGGUCCGGAUUGCGCCAAAAAACCCGAGAGGUUCUUGGGUCCGAACCCGGAACCGGACCCUUAUGAUGUCUGCUUUGGUUUCGGGAGCCUUUCUCUGAUAUACUCUGGUCCUGGUUCAACCCGGUACGGUUACUCUAUUCCAGGAGAUGCCCAGGUCCGCCUCGUUCUGGCGGACACCUCAGUCUUCCUUUCUUGCGCCAUGUCGCUAGCUGUUUUCGAUAUCACGAAGGCCGCGGAGAAUGGAGAGGGAAUUGCACCCAUCCACAAACAAAUGACCGGGUCUAUCAGGUAG